ACCUUCUUAUCAAAAACCACUCUCCACCCUACUACCACCACUACCACCACCACCAACCGCCAUGUCGGUCAAACAUUGCAGCCACCAUGAAAACAGAAAACGUAAAAUAAUCAAACGAAUACUCAUCGGAUUUGGCAUCCUUGCCGUAGUCGUCCUCAUCAUCUUCUUCAUCACAUGGGCCAUCCUCGAACCCAAGAAACCACGGUUCGUCCUCCAAGACGCCACCAUCUACUCCUUCAACGUCUCCGCUCCGAUCCUCCUCUCCUCCAACUUUCAGAUCACCAUUGCCGCCCGUAACCCUAAUAGCAAAAUCGGAAUCUACUACGACAAGCUCGAAACCUAUGCCACCUAUCACAGCCAGCAAAUCACCUACUUCACCGCCAUCCAGCCUGUCUACCAAGGCCACAAAGACACCAACAUCUGGUCUCCCUUCGUUUACGGCACCAACGUCCCGGUGGCUCCGUACAACGGCGCCGCCUUGUCCCAAGACCAAGCCAACGGUGCCAUCGGACUCGUGAUCAAGAUGAACGGACGGGUGAGAUGGAAAGUUGGCAGCUUUAUCUCCGGUCGGUACCAUAUUCACGUCACUUGUCCGGCUUAUAUUCCUUUCGGGAACAGGAAUUCUGGAAUUGCCGGAGUCGUCGUCGGAGUUAAGUACCAGCUAGCACAGAAAUGCAGCGUCAAUGUCUGAACAGAAGAAGUUAACAGUAACGGCGCCGUUUAGUCUUCGUUUUCUUUUGCCUUUUUAUUUAUUUUAUUUUCAAUUUAUGACGUAAGCAUACGUGGAUGAAUUUGUAAGUUUUGCCGGAAGGAAGAAGAAGAAGAAGAAAGCGAAAGAAGCAGCCCAAAAAUAAUUGCAAAAUUACAAAACUGGACAUGUUGUAUGGUGAUUUAAUGAUUAUUAAAACAAUUAUAUUUUGAUGAAA